AUGCCAGGCGACUUUGGUGUCGUGCUCGACGACGUGGGUUCGCGAGGCCCGGUGAUUGCUGCUGUCAACAAGGGCGCCGCACAAGACAAUGGCACACUCCGAAAGUAUGACUGCAUCCUUUCAGUCAACGGUGUGGAAAGUGAUGUGCCUUGGAUAAAGGCCGAGGCGCAUGGGGUUCUCUAUUGCAUUAUGGCCCAGGUAAACCAGAUGUGGGACCUCCUGGAGUCGCCUGGCAAGUGCACGCUGACGGUGCUGCGGCCAACCGACCCCUGGCGAGCUGCGGAUGCUGCG